GAAUGUGAGGAAAUAUUUUCUGCUGCUGCUGAGAAACUCUUCGGUGUCUACGUCCGGUUCCAGGAGCAGCUGGACCGUCGGCGCCGACCACUUCCUGUUUCUGAGGAGCUGUCGCCUGGAACAGAUGUUGGUAAAGAGGAGGAGGAAGAGGUUCUAAGUGAUGAAGAGUUCUGUAACAAGGAGGAAGCAGAACCUCCACACAUUAAAGAGGAACCAGAGGACAGCUUUGACACGGUUAUUGUGACUUAUGAUGAAAGUGACCUCAGUGAUCCAGAACUGGACACAGACCAGAGAUAUCCUUCUGAAAUCUGCGGAAAGAGCUGCAGUCAGAGCAGUAGUUUAAAGGUCCGCCUGAGAACCCACGCAGGUGAGAAGGCUUACUCUUGCAGCUCCUGUGGGGAACAGUUUAGUCAGAAAAACGCACUGAGACGACACAUGGCCGGUCACUUCGAGGAGAAGCCAUUUCCUUGCGAAACCUGUGGGAAAAGGUUCAGGUUUAAGAACAGCCUGUCAGUCCACAAGAGAACCCACAGAAGCGAGAAACCAUACAUUUGUAAAAUCUGUGGGGAAAGAUUUGGUUAUUUCGCCACCUUAAAAUGUCAUAUGUCCUCACACUCAGGUGAGAGACUGCACACCUGUGAAACAUGUGGGAAAACCUUCAUUCACAGUAAAAGUUUAUUGAGUCACAUCAGGUCUCAUACAGGUGAGAAGCCCUUUACCUGUGGAACAUGUGGGAAAAGCUUUGCCCGGAACGACAGCCUAGUGGACCACAUGAAGACCCACACUGGAGAGAAACUGUUUUCCUGUCCAAACUGCGAGAAAACCUUCCUCCGCAGUGGUCAGCUGUCUCGCCACUUGAGAGUCCACACAGGUGAGAAACGUUACACCUGCAGCACCUGUGGAGAAAGAUUUAACUACUCCUCUGUGCUGAAAAGACACAUGAGAACACACACAAGCGAAAAACCUUAUUCCUGCGAAUUAUGUGGAAAAAGUUUUAGCCAAAGUGGGAAUCUGCGCUUCCACAUGAAAACCCACACAGGUGAGAAGCAGUACUCGUGCCAGGUGUGUGGGAAAAGCUUCAUCCGAAGUCACAGUCUGGUAAUGCACAACAGAACUCACACCGGUGAGAAGCCGUACACCUGCAGGACCUGUGGGAAGAGUUUCAGACACAGAAGUGCCAUGACUGUCCACAUGAGGACUCACACAGGUGAGAAACCCUACACCUGUGAAAAGUGUGGCAAAACCUUCAGGUUUAACGGUGGUCUGACCUGCCACAUGAAAACCCACCUGAACCAAGAGCAGCAUUUGGGUUUCCUUUAUGGCGCCGAAGCUGCUGAUGAACUGCAGCGGUUUUAAGUAUGAAAUGAAGCAGGAGGUACUCCAUUUUACUGAGAUGAUCCUAAACUAUAGAGCUGUCCAACUUUGAGACGUCCCACGAGCUAACUGACACAAACUGCUGCUGCAGAGUCAUUUUUACAGAUGAUGAGCUCGAAUUUGAGAUGGUAGUAGCUGAGAGUCAAACAGAACAUACUUGGAGCGUUAUUAAAAAUGUUCUGUGUGAAAA